AGAGGGAGACCUUGUCUCAAAAAAAACACCAAAAAACCAUUUACAGAAAAGGAAAGACUGAUUGAGAAGACCAGUGUGAACUAGCCCUUGACUGGGCCCAGGGAAGAAUGUUGGUUUGAAAGGAAAACACUGAGGAAUACAUAGCAAGUCAUAGUAAUGGCCCAAUAACAAGCAUAUACCUAAGCAAGCUUUUCCUAAACAUUCCUGUGCCUGUUCUUCAUCAUGCCUUUUUCCCCAAAACAGUUUGGUGGAGAACCAUUGUCAUAUACCCGGUUCAGCCUGGCUCGGCAAGUAGACGGCGAUAACAGUCAUGUGGAGAUGAAACUUGGUGUAGAUGAAGAAGAAAAUACUGACAAUAACACAAAGGCCAAUGGCACAAAACCAAAAAGAUGUGGUGGAAAUAUCUGCUAUGGGACUAUUGCCGUGAUCCUCUUUUUCUUGAUUGGGUUUAUGAUUGGCUACUUGGGCUAUUGUAAAGGGGUAGAACCAAAAACUGAGUGUGAGAGACUGGCAGGCACCGAGUCUCCAGCGAGGGAGGAGCCAGAAGAGGACUUCCCUGCGGCACCGCGCUUAUACUGGGAUGACCUGAAGAAAAAGUUGUCAGAGAAACUGGACACCACAGACUUCACCAGCACCAUCAAGCUGCUGAAUGAAAAUUUAUAUGUCCCUCGUGAGGCUGGAUCUCAAAAAGAUGAAAAUCUUGCAUUGUAUAUUGAAAAUCAAUUUCGUGAAUUUAAACUCAGCAAAGUCUGGCGUGAUCAACAUUUUGUUAAGAUUCAGGUCAAGGACAGUGCUCAAAACUCGGUGAUCAUAGUUAAUAAGAAUGGUGGACUUGUUUACCUGGUGGAGAAUCCUGGGGGUUAUGUGGCGUAUAGUAAGGCUGCAACAGUUACUGGUAAACUGGUCCAUGCUAAUUUUGGUACUAAAAAAGACUUUGAGGAUUUAGACUCUCCUGUGAAUGGAUCUAUAGUGAUUGUCAGAGCAGGAAAAAUCACCUUUGCAGAAAAGGUUGCAAAUGCUGAAAGCUUAAAUGCAAUUGGUGUCUUGAUAUAUAUGGACCGGACUAAAUUUCCCAUUGUUAAGGCAGACCUUUCAUUCUUCGGACAUGCUCAUCUGGGAACAGGUGACCCUUACACACCUGGAUUCCCUUCCUUCAAUCACACUCAGUUUCCACCAUCUCAGUCGUCAGGAUUGCCUAAUAUACCUGUCCAAACGAUCUCCAGAGCUGCUGCAGAAAAGCUGUUUGGAAAUAUGGAGGGAGACUGUCCCUCUGACUGGAAAACAGACUCUACGUGUAAGAUGGUAACCUCGGAAAACAAGAGUGUGAAGCUCACGGUGAGCAAUGUGCUGAAAGAGACAAAAAUUCUUAACAUCUUUGGAGUUAUUAAAGGCUUCGUAGAACCAGAUCACUAUGUUGUGGUUGGGGCCCAGAGAGAUGCGUGGGGCCCCGGAGCUGCAAAAUCCAGUGUGGGGACAGCUCUCCUGUUGAAACUUGCCCAGAUGUUCUCAGAUAUGGUCUUAAAAGAUGGGUUUCAGCCCAGCAGAAGCAUUAUCUUUGCCAGUUGGAGUGCUGGAGACUUUGGAUCGGUUGGUGCCACUGAAUGGCUAGAGGGAUACCUUUCAUCCUUGCAUUUAAAGGCUUUCACUUAUAUUAAUCUGGAUAAAGCGGUGCUUGGUACCAGCAACUUCAAGGUUUCUGCCAGCCCGUUGUUGUAUACGCUGAUUGAGAAAACAAUGCAAGAUGUGAAACAUCCGGUUACUGGGCGAUCUCUGUAUCAGGACAGCAACUGGGCCAGCAAAGUUGAGAAACUCACUUUAGACAAUGCUGCUUUCCCUUUCCUUGCGUAUUCUGGAAUCCCAGCAGUUUCUUUCUGUUUUUGUGAGGACACAGAUUAUCCUUACUUGGGCACCACCAUGGACACCUAUAAGGAACUGGUGGAGAGGAUUCCUGAGCUGAACAAAGUGGCACGAGCAGCGGCAGAAGUAGCUGGUCAGUUCGUGAUUAAACUGACCCAAGAUAUUGAAUUGAACCUGGACUAUGAGAGGUACAACAGCCAGCUGCUUUUGUUUUUGAGGGAUCUGAACCAGUACAGAGCAGAUGUAAAGGAAAUGGGCCUGAGCUUGCAGUGGCUGUAUUCUGCUCGUGGAGACUUUUUCCGUGCUACUUCCAGGCUAACAACAGAUUUCAGGAAUGCUGAGAAAACGGACAAGUUUGUCAUGAAGAAGCUCAAUGAUCGUGUCAUGAGAGUCGAGUAUUACUUCCUCUCACCCUAUGUGUCUCCAAAAGAGUCUCCUUUCCGGCACGUCUUCUGGGGCUCCGGCUCCCACACACUGUCCGCUUUACUGGAGAGCUUGAAACUGCGUAGACAGAAUAACAGUGCUUUUAAUGAAACGCUGUUCAGAAACCAGCUGGCUCUCGCGACUUGGACUAUUCAGGGAGCUGCAAAUGCCCUUUCUGGUGACGUUUGGGACAUUGACAAUGAGUUUUAAACGUGAUACCCGUAGCUUACGUCAGAACAGCAGGAUAGUCUAGUUUCUAGACUCGUGCUGAUUGUGCUACGUUUUCAGUAGGGCUUCAAAACCUGAUGUGAAAAUUCCAUCCCAUCAUCUUGGUACUACUAGAUGUCUUUAGGCAGCAGCUUUUAAUCCAGGGUAGACAACCUGUCCUUCACGUUAAAGCGAAUAACCACUUAAAAAAUGUCCCUGAUGGCAUAUUCCCCUCUCUAGAGUUGUAAGUGCUGUGUAAUGGUAACUGCCUCUUUCCUGGUGGUGUUAAUGAAAAUGUCAGAAACCAGUUAUGUGAGCGAUCGCUGUGAACCCUAAGGGCUGGUCUCUGCUGAAGGCUGUAAGGGGUCGCUUUCUUCGAGUGAUCCUCCAACUUCAUUUGAUGCCGGAUAGGAGACACCAGGUCGACAGACCUUCUCCAAAUGAGAUUUGAGCCUUUCCAUAAGGAACGUAGCUGGUUUCCUCAUUCCUGAAAGAAACAGUUAACUUUCUGAAGAGAUGGGCUUGUUUUCUUGCCAGUGGGGUCUGAAAUGGAGGUCCUUCUGCUGGAUCAAAUGAGGCUCAACUGUUGAUUGCAGGAAUAAGGCCUUAAUAUGUUCACCUCAAUGUCAUUUAUGAAAAGAGGGGACCAGAAGCCAAAGACUUAGCAUAUUUUCUUUUCCUCUGUCCCUUCCCCAUAAGCCUCCAUUUAGUUCUUUGUUAUUUUUGUUUCUUCCAAAGCACAUUGAAAGAGAACCAGUUUCAGGUGUUUAGUUGCAGACUCUGUUUGUCAGACUUCAAAGAAUAAUACACUGCCAAAUUUUGGCCAAAGUGUUAAUCUUAGGGGAGAGCUUUCUGUCCUUUUGGCACUGAGAUAUUUAUUGUUUAUUUAUCAGUGACAGAGUUCACUAUAAAUGAUGUUUUUUUUUAUAGAAUAUAAUUAUCGGAAGCAGUGCCUUCCAUAAUUAUGACAGUUAUACUGUCGGUUUUUUUAAAUAAAAGCAGCAUCUGCUAAUAAAACUCAACAGAUACUGGAAGUUUUGCAUUUAUGGUCAACACUUAGGGGUUUUGGAAAACAGCCGCAAGCCAAAUGUAAUUGAAUAAAGUUGAAGCUAAGAUUUAGAGAUGAAUUAAAUUUAAUUAGGGGUUGCUAAGAAGUGAGCACUGACCAGAUAAGAAUGCUAGUUUUCCUAAAUGCAAUGAAUUGUGACCAAGUUAUAAAUAAAUGUCACUUAAAGGCUGUGGAAGUACUCCUGCACAAUUUUAUAGCUCAGUUUAUCCAAGGUAUAACUCUAAUUCCCAUUUUGCAAAAUUUCCAGUACCUUUGUCACAAUCCUAACACAUUAUCGGGAGCAGUGUCUUCCAUAAUGUAUAAAGAACAAGGUAGUUUUUACCUACCACAGGGUCUGUAUCGGAGACAGUGGUCUCCAUAUGUUACACUAAAGGGUGUAAGUAAUUAUCGGGAACAGUGUUUCCCAUAAUUUUCUUCAUGCAAUGACAUCUUCAAAGCUUGAAGAUCGUUAGUAUCUAACAUGUAUUCCCAACUCCUAUAAUUCCCUAUCUUUUAGUUUUAGUUGCAGAAACAUUUUGUGGUCAUUAAGCAUUUGGUGGGUAAAUGCAACCACUGUAAAAUGAAAUUACUACAAAAUUUGAAAUUUAACGUGGGUUUUUGUUAUCUUUGUGGUUUCUCCAGGUCCUCUACUUAACAGGAUAGUAGCAUACAUUUGUAAUGUUUGCUAUUGACAAGUCAUUUUAACUUUAUCACCUUAUUUGCAUGUUACCUCCUAUAAACUUAGUGCGGACAAGUUUUAAUUCAGAAUUGGCCUUUUGACUUAAAGCAGGGGGACUUUGUAUAGGAGGUUUGGGGGGUGUGGGGAGGGAGAGUCCCCAGAAGAUCUUUGACACGUCUGCCUACCCAUUCGUGGUUAUAAAUUAAAUGUAGGUAUGAAUAAGUUUGAAGCUACAUGAGUGAACCAUCGUUAUAAACGUGAUCAGCUGUUUGUCAUAGGGCAGUUUGAAACUGCCUCCUAGGAAGAGGCUCAUAGGGGUCUCUUGAGGUUCUUAGUAUAACUCACCUAGAUUUACAGCCUCACUGGAAUUGUUUCACUACUCACAGUCUCUUUCAUCUUCAGUUUUAUCUUUAAUCUCCUCUUUUAUCUUGGACUGACAUUUAGUGUAGCUAUGUGAAAAGGUCAUAGCCGAGAUUCCUGGUUUGGGUGUUACGCUUACGUACUUAAAUGAAAGUGUGUGACAUACUCAUAGUGUAACACAACAUGAAAAAAAGGCAUACAUUUUGCAGCAGUCAGUCUCUUCAGAAAACCCUCUUCUACAGUAGGGUUGAGUUACUUCCUAUCAAGCCAGUGUGUGGUAACAGGCUCAAUAUUCCUGAAUGAAAUACCAGACUAGUGACAAGCUCCUGGUCUUCAGAUGUCUUCUGGUUAAGGAGAUGGGCCUUUUGGAGGUAAAGGAUACAAUUAGUGAGUUCUGUCACGAUUCGCUAUUCUAGAACUUGCAUGACCUUUACUGUGUUAGCUCUUUGAAUGUUGUUGAAAUUUUAGACUUUCUUUGUAAACAAAUGAUAUGUCCUUAUCAUUGUAUAAAAGCUGUUACGUGCAACAAUGUGGAGAUUCCUUAUCUGAUUUAAUAAAAUACUUAAACACUGA